AAUCCUUUUCUACCAGUGAGCCUCUUCUCUUCUCCCUCUCUUUGGUCUCGCAUCCUCUGGGACUUUCGAACAAUAAGCAAAAAGCCAUUAGACUCUGUGGGGUGCUUUCAAGAAUCUGAAGUUUUCAUUACAACAUCAGUUUCUCGCCUCUUUUUUAGAUCCAGUAUCAGGUCUGGAGGCUGUAAUACAUAUGAAUGGCGUGGAGGGCGGCUGGGAAAAAGGGUACCUUCACUAGUCUUACAAAGGCAUUGGCAGUGAGAUCCAGGUAUACUGCAGCAUCAGUUUCCAAAUCUAACCUUGAAGAGGUGCAGAGAACAAUUCCAGUUUUGGUUGGACAAAUACAAGGAUGCUUCCUGCAUGCAGCUCAAUGGAAGUCGAACUGUACCAACCUCCUAACUUACAGAACUUCGAUAAGGUGUUUUCAUGCCAGUCCAGAAACACUGGCUUGGAAAAAAGAACCAGAAGCUCUGGGUUUGAAGAUACAGAAGAAAGGGAAGUUCAAGAAAAGGACAAAGGAUUCCUCACCACCCGUUGAAGCUCCUUAUGUCCCUCCCAAGCUAAAAAGAGCUGCUAGCUCCUCCUUAUCAGAUAGAACUGUAGAGAUAUUCGAGGGCAUGACAAUUGUUGAGCUGGCCAAACGUUGUGGCGUGUCAAUACCUGUCGUGCAGGAUAUUCUUAAAAAUGUGGGGGAGAAGGUUGACUCGGAAUAUGAUCCUCUUAGCAUCGACAUUUCCGAGCUUGUUGCGAUGGAAAUUGGAGUAAAUGUUAGGAGGUUGCAUUCUAACGAAGGUGCUGAAGUCCUGCCACGUCCACCAGUGGUCACAGUGAUGGGUCAUGUUGACCAUGGUAAAACAUCUCUUUUAGAUGCUCUACGUCUGACUUCUGUGGCUGCUAAGGAAGCUGGAGGCAUAACUCAGCAUUUGGGAGCAUUUGUUGUUGGAAUGUCUUCUGGGGCAUCAAUCACGUUCCUUGACACUCCUGGUCAUGCGGCAUUUAGCGCUAUGCGACAAAGAGGUGCAGCGGUUACUGACAUUGUUGUAUUGGUAGUGGCUGCUGAUGACGGUGUUAUGCCACAAACGCUGGAAGCAAUGUCCCAUGCAAAAGCUGCUGAUGUUCCAAUCGUUGUCGCUGUCAAUAAAUGUGAUAAGCCGGCAGCAAAUCCUGAAAAAGUGAAAAUCCAGCUUGCAACAGAAGGGUUGGCUCUGGAGGAGAUGGGUGGAGAUAUUCAGGUUGUUGAAGUCUCUGCUGUAACAAAAACUGGAUUGGAUAAGCUGGAGGAGGCGUUGCUUCUCCAGGCUGAGAUGAUGGAUCUGAAGUCGCGUGUAGAUGGACCAGCCCAAGCUUAUGUCGUCGAGGCAAGGGUUGAUAGAGGACGGGGUCCAUUGGCUACUGCAAUAGUGAAAGCAGGAACCCUUGUCUGUGGUCAGCAUGUUGUUGUAGGUGCCGAGUGGGGAAAAAUCAGGGCAAUUAGGGAUAUGCUAGGAAAAUCAACUGAUAGGGCUAGGCCAGCUAUGCCUGUAGAGAUCGAAGGACUCAAGGGGCUUCCAAUGGCUGGUGAUGACAUUAUUGUCGUUCACUCUGAGGAAAGGGCAAGGAUGCUUAGCGCAGGGAGGAAAAAGAAAUUUGAAAAAGAUAGACUUGGGAGGAAGAUGGACGCAGAAAAAUUAGGAUCUCUAGUAUCAGAAUCUAAUUUAGAAGAUGAAGAAGGUGAGGUUGAAGAGAAGCCCAAGAGGGUUGAAAUGACAAUAAUAGUAAAAGCAGAUGUUCAAGGAACUGUCCAAGCUGUUACAGACUCAUUGAAGAGUUUGGAUAGUCCUCAGGUUUUCGUGAAUAUUGUCCAUGGAGGUGUUGGGCCUAUUUCUGAGUCCGACGUGGAUUUAGCACAAGCUUGUGGUGCAUUUAUUGUUGGGUUCAGCAUACCAACUCCACCUGGUUCAAUAAAUCAAGCAGCAAAUAAAGCUGGCAUUAAGAUAAAAAUCCAUCGUGUGAUCUAUCAUCUUCUAGAGGAUAUUGGCAACUCUAUUGUUGAAAAAGCCCCCGGUACAUUUGAGACGCAGGUUUCAGGCGAGGCACAGAUACUGAGCAUAUUUGAGCUUAAAGGAAGGAGCAAAGCUAAGGGAGAUGACGUCAAGAUAGCUGGUUGUCGUGUGAUAGAUGGCAGACUCAUCAGAUCAUCAACAAUGAGGCUUCUUAGAAGUGGUGAGGUUGUUUUCGAAGGAUCUUGUGCAUCGCUAAAGCGUGAGAAGCAGGAUGUUGAAGCAGUUGGAAAGGGGAAUGAAUGUGGACUUGUGAUUCAAAACUGGGAUGACUUUAAGGUUGGAGAUGUCAUCCAAUGCUUGGAGCAAGUCAACAGAAAACCCAAAUUUAUUUCAUCUCAAAGUGGUGCUGUCAGAAUAGAAUGUUGAUAGAAUUUUCACUAAGAAAUGAGCAAUCUUUUUUUUGGCAAUGUAGAAACCUUUGCCUCAUUAAUCUUCUAUUUAUUCUUAUUAAUAAUACUAUUGAGUAGAAAUAAAACAAUUUUGCUGUAUAAAACUCUAUAUUGAACUCUUUACACUGAACAACAACAAUUACAGAGUGUAUGGUCAUAGCUUUUGUUCUUCUCA